AUGCAGCAACAACAAUACUUUCAUCGUAUUGAUAUUGAUAUUCCUACAAUGAAUUAUCGAGAUACAGGAUCAUCUUCAGCAAAGUACGAUAAUGUUCAGGUAGUCACAGUACAUCAGUUAAAACAAAUAUUUGAUGAGUUUAUUCAAUCACCAUCGUUUUCAUCACGUCAUUUAAUAGAAAUACUUGAUGUCUUGGAUCGAAUCGAUGACAAAGAACUUCUCACUGAUGCUCAAUUAAUUGACCAUAAAGUUUAUUCGAUACACAUUUUCAUUUUUCACUUAUGCAUGGCAGCAACACUGUUCGAUACUGAUCAAUUACUACCACUCGUAGAUGCAUUAUUAGCAAUAUUAGAUGAAAAAACACUGUCUCUGCAAGAAAAUUCAUCCAUUAUUAAAUAUUCUCUUGAUCUUCUACGAACUUUAACCAAUAAGAACGAAGCAGUUCUGAAAUAUGUUCAACAACGAGACGAUGUUUUCCAAAGUUUAAAAGAAUUACAUCGUGACGAUAAUAAAAGCUUAUUAUCAGACACAAGAACACCAUUUUGGCAUCGAAGAGACGAAGAAAAUGAUAUACACGAACAUGAACCAUUAUUGCGAGCUAUACAGGAGAAUAUUCGUUAUUUUAUGAAAAAAUCACAAGCGGCAAGUUUGUUUAAUCAAUAUGAACGGUCGAUAAGAGGUUUAACUAGUGAACCAUAUCGUUUUGAUGUCUUGCAUACAUUUAAGUAUGUUUUAUUCAGAACAGACUAUGAUAAAGAAAAUGCAAAACGAAAAAUGAUAGAAAUAUGUCGAAAUUAUUAUCGAAAUAAGGUCGUUGGUCUGGAAAAUAUCGAUAAAUUUUAG